CGCAGGUGGAGCUAGGUGCAGUCGAUUUUUGGAUUAAUCAGCGUCAUCAUCUACCCAGCAGAAGCGAUCAUGAAGUACCUAGCUCUGACUCUUUUCGUGUGCCUUGUGGCCAUUGCUUUUGUGUCCGCUGUGCCCGUGGAUGAGUCCCUGAUCGGGGAUAAUAUCUACCAGCCGUCCUUCGACGAUGUCCAGCGUCCCCAGGAUCCGCAGGCCAUCUUCAAGCUGAAGAAGCUGCUCAAGCUGAAGAAGCUCCUGGGUUAGAAGGCAUUCCCCAGCAGUCUGCUGAGCUCAGUUUAAAUUCUAGUCCAACCUAUUGGGAACCUUGCCUCCCCCGCUGCAUUCGAUUUUCAGCCCGUUUUGUUUAGACAAUACCAUACGCACACACACGAUCACAUACAUACGAGUAAAGUAUACGUAAUCGUUGUUAAAAUAAAUGUUAUUUUCGUACAA